GCUGUAGCACGCAACCUUCAGUCGCACGUUACAUGUCAAACGAGACGUUCAUAUAAUGUGGAAGACUACGACCGUGCUCUUAGUUCUUGCCAUCGGCAUAGCUAUCUUGUUAAAUCAGGAUGAUAGAGAUGUACCAAACUUGCCUGAAACGUUUUGGGGACCUGAAAGAAAUAGAGAAGCAUCGGAGGAAAUAAGAUCGUUUGUUAUCGAAGUGCCAAAGUCGGUAAUCGACGAUUUGAAAGAUCGACUCGCAAAGAAAAAAGAAUUGGUACCACCAUUGGAGAAUACUGCGUGGACUUACGGUACCAGUACGACCUACUUGGAAAAUGUUCUUGAACAUUGGCGUACGAAGUAUAACUGGACUGAACGGCAGGCACUGCUCAACAAGUAUCCUCAAUAUGUGACCAAUAUUCAAGGUCUGGAUAUACAUUUCUAUCAUGUGAAACCACACGUACCAUCAGAUCGGAACUUGAAAGUUGUUCCAUUGCUGAUUGUACACGGAUGGCCAGGAUCCGUGGUGGAGUUUCAAAAAAUUAUUCCUAUGCUAACGACGCCACGUCCCGACAGAGACUUCGUAUUUGAGGUGAUCGCACCUUCACUUCCGGGAUACGGGUUCUCGCAAGCGGCUGUACGACCAGGACUGGGCCCAGCAGAGAUGUCCGUUAUAUUUAAAAACCUCAUGUUGCGCCUUGGCUUCAAUAAGUUUUAUGUGCAAGGAGGAGACUGGGGCUCCCUUAUUGUCACGCACAUAUCCAGUUUCUUUUCAGACAACACUCUUGGCGUCCAUGUGAACAUGUGUGUAAGCACGAUUAUACCCAAUAUAUUUUGGAGAUUGUUGGGUAUCGUUUUUUCAUCGCUCGUAGUCGACAACGAACAUUAUUCUAAAAUGUAUCCUUUGAGUUACCACCUAAGUCGAAACAUUGAGGAAUCGGGAUAUUUACACAUUCAGGCUACUAAACCAGACACUAUAGGUACGGCCGUGGCAGCCUCGCCAGUAGGAUUGGCAGCGUAUAUCUUGGAAAAGUUUAGUACGGGUACGAAUGCAGAGUACAGAUUCCGAACAGACGGUGGUUUGCUCGAGAAACACAGCAUAGAUGAGCUCUUGGAUAACAUCAUGCUCUACUGGAUUACCAAUUCUAUAACCACGAGUGUUCGAAUUUAUGCGGAGCAUUUUAAUAAAACCAACCUGGCGAGAAAACUCGACGAAUUGCCAGUUAAUGUGCCAUCAGCAUGUGCAGCAUUUCCUCACGAGAUACUCUAUCAUUCGGAAGUUCUCCUUCGAUACAAGUACACUAAUCUAAUACAACAUAAUCAUUUACCGCGCGGAGGCCACUUUGCUGCCAUGGAGGAGCCUUCUCUUCUGGCGAAUGAUAUUUUUGAGUUUGUAUCCAAGACGGAGGAUAUCAGGAAGAAAGCUGAGAAUAAGGAUAUUCCAAAUAGAACGGAGAAAGUAAAGGAACCUAGUAAAACUUAAAAACUGUUGAACUGUGCUAUAUCUACUGAAAAAGUAAUGUUUAAUGUAAAAUGUGAUGGACAUAAGGUUAUUUUAUUACUGCUAGAAACGAUGUUGUUACAUUUUUCUAAUUUUGUACAUAUGGAAGUUCUUAAAAUGAAAUAAUUCUUUUUUUAAUAAAAAGUUUCUCAUUUGAUGCUAUAUUCUCUAACGUAUUCCAAUUUGUAUUAUAAACUUUCAUAUAUCUAUUUAAAGUUUCUACUAGGAACAUAUUUUAAUUUUUUAUUAUUUAUGUUCACGUGUAUGUAUGUACAACAAUAUUUUUUUAUAUAUCCUAAAAUUAGAAUGUGCAAGUGAAGCUACGUAAGAACUAUGUAAAUAUAUUUCGAUUAAAUAUUAUAAAAUAUACGUUAAAUAAAAAAAUACAAUAUAAA